CUGCCGUACCGCAUCUCAUCAGCCCGUCAUCUGCGUAUCUCUGAGCCAAGUGUCAGUCCUUGGUCUGGCCCUAACUUCGCAAUAGUGACCAUGGCACGACCGUCCAUAAGUCUCGAAACCGCCCCAUUUCUCGACGACAGCGAUGGCAGUGUCGAAAAACAAGAGUCCGCUAUGGACCUCCGCCAAGGUGCCAGGACAAGAGGAUGGUCCUGGUACACCACUACUGGCUACGUUCUUUGGACCAUUUUCAACACUGUUUGGUUUGGUGCAAAUUUACUCCACACCAGCAGCUUCGGAAAAUCUUCGAUGAGGGGUCCAACCCUCGUUGAACCGAAGGAGGCUCCCAUCGAGACGGUAAAGGUGCGGUGGGAUCUCCCUGCGGGCAAGCGGUCCGAUUUCACAAGCUACGAUCGUGCCGUUGCCGAUGCUGCUUGGGCUUCACGGGGACUCGGUGAAAAUCAGGGCUGGCUCAAGGUAUCGAAAGAGGAACUCGACGCCAUGGGAGAGACCUCGGUCGAGUUCGAAGACGGGUCAGGAUACUUGAUGUAUAUGGAUGUCUUCCACCAGCUGCAUUGUCUUAAUUACUUGCGCAAGAAAUUGGACCCAUGGAAGGCAAGCUACCCAAGUGUUGGAUCGGACUCGACGUUCCCUGAAGGAUAUCACACUGCUCACUGUAUUGAUUCUAUUCGCCUGUCGCUUGAAUGCCAUGCAGAUGUGUCUAUGGUGCCACAAAGGUGGGCAGAUGGAUGGCUCGAACCGUGGCCAGUCGUACAAAGCCAGCACGUAUGCCGGGACUACAGCAAGAUCCAAGAAUGGGCACACGGGAAGCAGCCGUCCGUGUCUGGGAAGCUUUUUCACCCUAAAUUGGGAAAGGUAGUAACGGGAUCACGACGAUUUGUGAUAAAUCCUGAGUGCAGGACUGUAGACUAUUAA